CCAAAGAACAAGAACAACCGUAUCACUACUAUCAAACAGUAUCAAUAUUAAUACACCCGGGAACUACUCCUUCAAUAUUCCAAAUACAGAACUCCCUAUUCGAUUUGCAUUACUAGUCAACUUCCCAUAUUAAGAAAUCUGGGUCUUGAAACCUGUUUUUUUUGCUUGAACAUAUGGAGGGAGGUUGUACCAUAGCAGAAGAUGUGACUGGACUGGUAGGAAAAACGCCGUUGGUGUAUCUUAACCAUGUUGUAGAUGGUUGCGUAGCACACAUCGCAGCAAAGCUCGAAAUAAUGGAACCGUACUCUAGUGUCAAAGACAGGAUUGCAGCUAGUAUGAUCAAAGAUGCUGAACAAAAGGGUCUAAUUUCCCCUGGGAAGACCACCCUUAUCGAAGUGACAAGUGGUAAUACCGGAAUUGGAUUGGCAUUUAUUGCUGCUGCUAAGGGGUAUAAGCUAAUCAUUGUUAUGCCUGCAACUGUAAGUCUUGAAAGGAGAAUCAUUCUUAAAGCUUUAGGAGCGGAGUUGCAUCUCAUGACUCCAAGAAGCUUCGACGAGUUCUUUGUUAAAGCCCGAGAAAUAUUGGCGAAAACACCAGACGGAUAUUGGAUUAAUCAAUUUGAAAAUCCUGCUAAUCCGAAAAUUCAUUUUGAAACCACGGGGCCAGAGAUUUGGAGAGCCACAGAAGGCAAAGUCGAUGCCUUUGUCUCGGGUAUUGGUACUGGUGGUACUGUUACAGGAGCUGGGAGAUUUUUUAAAGAGAAAAAUUCUGCUAUUAAGGUGUAUGGUGUAGAACCAGCUGAAAGUGCAGUCUUAAACGGAGAACAACCUGGCAAGCACAAAAUCCAAGGAAUUGGAGCUGGUAUCAUCCCUCCGCUAUUGGACUUUAGUAUACUUGAGGAAGUUAUAAAGAUAUCAAGUGAGGAAGCCAUUGAAACUGCAAAGCUUCUCGCACUGAGAGAAGGUUUACUGGUUGGGAUUUCAUCUGGAGCUGCUGUUGCUGCUGCUAUAAAGAUAGCAAAAAAGCCUGAAAAUGCUGGAAAAUUGAUAGUUGUUAUUCUCCCUAGUUUUGGGGAGCGUUAUUUAUCAACUGAUUUGUUCGAGGUUGAGAGACAAGAAGUGGAGAAUUUGCCUUGUGAAUAACAUUGCAAAUGUGCAAUGCAAGAGUCGUCAUCAUCAUCAAAUCCAGUAUAUCCCAUUUAUAGAAAAAACUAUGGACAAAAUCUGGAGAAAAAAGGACGGCGACAACUCAUACCCAUAGAAGAAAGCGCGGUCAAAAGAGUCAAGAGCGUCUCUUCUAAAAAUAAUGAAUUAAACAUAUUAUAUUUGUAAGCUAAUCAAUUAAUUAUCAUGUAAGUCAUCAAUUAGUUUUAGUGUGAAAAUUGAUGUAGUUGAACCAACCAUUUUAGUGACUUCUUAAGUGACUAAA